AAGUACUAAUGUUGUUUGAGCUAGUGGAGAAGACACAACAUGUAACUAGUGCAUAUGUAAAGUUUUUGUUUUGGUCGGACUAACGCUAAAAGUGUAGAAAUUAACCCAGAGUCUGGUGACAGGAAUGGCCGGUGUGUGUGUUCCCUUAACAGCCACCGGUGGAUGUUAAAGCUGUUAUCAGCGGUUAUAAGCAGGUUUAUAGCCCGUCAGAGAGCUGCUGUCAGCGGUAUCACAGCUGAACUGUGACCCCGGACCUCUGGACUCUGGUGUGGCGACACUUCUGCAGGUUUUCUUCCCGUUUCUGCGGCCGAGUCUGUGUUCAGAGAUGAAGAGGAGACUCCUGCUCGUGUCCAACUCCACCCUGCACGGCAGCGGGUACCUGGACCACUGUCAGCAGCACAUCUCACACUUCUUCGGAAAAGAUGUGAAGAGGAUUCUGUUUGUUCCGUACGCUCUCCAUGACAGAGACGCCUACACCAAGACCGCCAGGGACAAGUUUAAGACCCUGGGUUACGAGGUGGACAGCAUCCACGAAGCCGCCGACGCCGUGGACGCCGUGCGGAAAGCUGAGGGCAUUUUUAUAGGAGGAGGAAACACUUUCCGGCUGCUGAAGAGUCUCUACGACAACAAGGUGGUGACAGAGAUCCGGAGGAGAGUGCUCGAGGACGGCGUCCCCUACAUGGGCUCCAGUGCCGGCACCAACGUGGCCACCGUCAGCAUCAACACCACCAACGACAUGCCCAUCGUCUACCCUCCGUCCUUCUCCGCCAUCGGCCUCGUCCCCUUCAACAUUAACCCGCACUACCUGGACACCGACCCCAACAGCCGCCACAUGGGGGAGACCAGAGAGCAGAGGAUCACUCAGUACCAUGAAGAAGCUGACACUCCAUGUGUCCUGGGUCUGAGAGAGGGAUCCCUGCUGCUGGUGGAGGGAAACAAAGCCACACUACUGGGAACCACCAAGGCCAGACUCUUCUCCAGGGGAAAGCCCACAGUGGAGUACGACCCUGGUAGUGACCUCAGCUUCCUGCUGACACAUUGACCAAUCAGAAGAAAGCAGGACAUGAAGAUCUCACCAUGUCACAAUGUCAAAACUGAAUAAACAUUUUAAAGAGAAA